AUGUCCCCCAGCUCCACCAAAUCCCCCGCCCAUCUGCAGAAACGGCGCAGAGUCACUCGCGCAUGCGACGAAUGCCGCCGCAAGAAGAUCAAAUGCGAUGGCAAGCAGCCGUGCACCCAUUGCACCGUUUAUAGUUAUGAAUGCACCUACGACCAACCCUCCAACCGCCGGAGGAACCCCGCCCCGCAAUACGUGGAGAAUCUCGAGCAUCGCGUCCACCGAGCAGAAACGCUUCUGCACAUCCUCAUCCCGAACCUCGACCUCAAUGACCCCGGAAUCGACGUGGCCGUCCAGCAAGGCUAUAUCCCCGGUGCGCCAGGAAAGGGCAACCCCACACAGGCGCAGGAGCAAGAUCAACACGCUCCAUCGUUACCACUCCCGCAAUCCAUGCCCCCGCUGAACCGCGGACUGUCGAAUCGCUCGGACAAGAUCGAGUCCAUGGUACGUGCGGUCGCGUCCAUCGAAAUGGACGAGUCGGGCAACUGGGACUACCACGGUCACUCUUCCGGCCUGACCUUUAUGCGACGCAUGCGAGAGCAGAUGGGUGACUUGAUGGGCCCAGUAGUCGCCACUACUCCCUUCAUCAAGACCCGACACAUGUCGCAAGUUCUCGACUCUCCCAAAUCGUCCGCCGAGUCCCCCAUCAAUGCCGACUCGGGGCCGGCCAAUUUCGAUCUCCCCCCAAAGGCCGUCGCGCGCGAGAUCUGCCGUUUCGCCAUCGAGGACGCCGCUGCCCUACUCCGUGCUAUCCACGGUCCGACGUUUUGGCUGGCCUUUGAACGCUUGUAUACCGUUCCCGUCGAGCAUUACACGAAUGAAGAUCAGAAGUUUCUGCCUCUGUUUCACACCGCCAUGGCACUCGGGCAUCUCUUCAACAAAGACGAGUCGAGUGGAAUCAACUCGGAAGGGUACGAAAAUGCCAUCCAGCAAGGCUUUGUGCAUUUCAAGACUGCACGCAUGCUCCUCGACAUUGCCGAUUGUCGAGACUUGAUGUCUAUUCAAGCCGUCAUGAUGAUGGUCCUUUUUCUGCAAUCUUCGGCGAAGCUGUCACAAUGCUAUGCCUAUGUUGGCGUUGCCCUUCGCUCGGCCUUGCGAAUGGGCCUGCACCGCAAUUACAAGGGCAACUUCGACCCGCUCGAGAUUGAGACGCGGAAACGCGUGUUCUGGGCCGUUCGCAAGAUGGACAUUUACGUGGGCGCAAUGCUUGGUUUGCCCCAAACAUUGAGCGAUGAAGACAUCGAUCAGGAAUUCCCCACCGAAGUCGACGACGAAUACGUGACCAGAGAUGGCAUCCGACCGAUGCCCGAAGGACAGGUGUCGCUCAUGGCGGCCUUCAACGCCCACACUCGCCUGGUGCAGCUGCUCUCGAAGAUUGUGCGAUGCGUCUAUCCCAUCAAAGUACAGGACAAGGGCGUCGGCACGGCGGAUCAAUCCUACUCGGUCCCCUUCUCCGUCAUCAAGGAAAUCGAAAGCGAGAUGGAGCAGUGGAAGAACGAUCUGCCCCCGGUCCUCAACCCAUCGCCCGCCCCGGAUCGCUACACUCGCGUUCAGCAUCUCCUCCGCCUGACAUAUGCACAUGCGCAGGUCAUGCUGUACCGACCCUUCCUGCACUACGUCGCCCGCCCUCCGCCCGUCGACCAACGCGCAUACGCCUGUGCCGCGUCGUACGUCGGCGUCUCCCGCAACAUCAUCCACAUCCAAACGCAAAUGAAGCUGAAUGGUCUGCUGAACGGCGCCUUCUGGUUUGUCAUGUACACCUCCUUCUUCGCCAUCCUGUCGCUCGUCUACUUUGCCGCCGCGAACCCCGACGAUCCCACCACAGCGGCCAUAAUCAAGGAUGCGUUGGAGGGGAAAGAGGUGUUGGCUGCCCUGGCGAAGCGAAGCUUGGCCGCCGACCGCUGCUCAGCGACGCUCGAAGGCGUGUUUCGCCGCUUGCCGGAGUGGAUGCAGAAAGGACAGCAGAAUCCCAGCAUGGUGGGGAACAAAAAGCGACAGCACGGGUCGGGCAAAGCCUCCCCUCACGCCCAAAACAGCGCCGCAUCACGCAGCCUCCCGGAUGUCACUAUCUCCAUGCAAAGCGAAGGGCCCGGCCUGCACCGCCGCGCCGUCACGUACCCCCGCCACCUGUCCGGUCCCGGCGGGAACGCCAACAUGACCCCCACGACCCACGACUCCUGGUCCCCCUCCGCAGCCUCCAGUCUCCCGCAAACGCCCACAAGCGCCGAUUUCCCUCCGUCCGCAGGCGCGUACAUCAACAACUACAACCCCCUCAACCUCACCAGCACGCCCACCUCCACCGGCCUCCCGCCGCAACAACAAUACCCCCCCUUCGCUGGCGCGCCGCCCAACAACUACGGCCCCAACAACCCCGCCAUAGCAGACAUGUCAACCAUGCUCUUCCCCCAGGCCGACGAGCCUUUCGUCUACCCGUGCCAACCACUCACCACCUUCGACGCCCAUCAGCAACAACAAAUGACAGCCGCGAAGCACGACAACGGAGGAGGCGCAUACCUCAACGGCAACGACGGCUUGUACGACAAUCCCCUCUCUUCUACCCUCCCUGGGUUGGAAGAUAACAUCGAAGCCCAAUUCUUCGCUUUACCACCCUAUCUCAGCUCAGCCGCCGCUCCUCCGCAAGGAACAUUCGGUCGUGAGGCGGAUAUGGCCGCGCACGCGCAACCCCACCCUCAACAGCAGCAUCAGGGCGUGAUGGGCGGUCAACAACAGCAGGCCAUGGCGACUAAUGGCUGGGGCCAACAGCAACUCCCGCAACAUGCCCAACAUGCACACCAUCAUCCGCAGCAGCAGCAGCAACACAUGUCGUCGGCGCCGGGUUUGGGCGGCGUAGGCGGCGUAGCGGGCGAUAUCAGUUUGCAGGAGUUGUUCGGGGGCCCGGAGUGGAAUUCUAUGCUGCUGAAUGGGUUUCAGACUUGA